AAAGUAGAUAAUAAAGUUUUGAGUCUUGGGGACUACACAGACGAGGAGGAAGUGGUUAUGUGUUGUGUUUGUAGACUAGUAAUUAAACGCGUUCUACUUAAUGCAUGUGCAAAUGAAUCUACUAGUUUUGCAGUGGAUGUUUGAAGCUUUAUCUAUUUGUUUUGUAUCUCCUAGGUAGAACAGGAAUUUAUUAUUAUCCCAGUUUUACUUGCCUGAAAGUUGUCAAUUUUAAAAAUUACCACUAGUAGUGCUAGUGUUGGGUACUGCCAUUCAUAGUUUUUAGUCUAUAUUAUAUAUGACUUACAACUGUUAAUUACUUUAAGAAUCAAUUUUUGCGUAAUUUUAAAAUACAUUUCUUUUAUAAUGGGAAACUGUUUUAGUAAUACAGGAAGUAACAAUCUCAAAAAGGUAGAUAACUUGGGCGUUCAAGCUCCAACAGAACGAAAUGAGAGUAUUUCCAUAGGACUUCCAACAAAUAUUGGACUAAAUCCUUUGGUGGGACAGGUUCAAACACAUGAACCUACAAGUAUAAGACAGGUCCACCAUGAUUUAGGCUUGCCUGCGAUUAAUAGAAAUGGACCAAGCUUGCCUCCCAUUCCAGCAGAAACCGAGACCACAACUGGUUCGAAUACUAAAAUAUUUGUAGCACUGUAUGACUAUGAUGCAAGAACUGAUGAAGAUUUAAGUUUUAAGAAAGGAGACCACUUGGAAAUUUUAAAUGAUACUCAAGGAGAUUGGUGGUUUGCUCGUUCAAAAGCCACAAAAAAAGAAGGAUACAUUCCAUCAAACUAUGUUGCAAAACUUAAAUCCAUUGAAGCAGAACCGUAUGUAUCUAUUUUUUUCACUUUGGAAUAUGUUUCUUUAGAUAUGCUCAGUAACGUGUAA